AUGUUGGCAACCCCUCUCCUGGUCUUGGCCAUGGCCGCCGCCGGCCUCAGCCAGACGAUCCCCGAAGGCUACCGCCGCGUGUACAUCACGUCCAUGGUGAACACUAAGUUUGUCGUGGUGCCCAAGACGCCUGUCAAGGCCGGCACCACCAUUGUCGUCCAAACGCGCACCGAUAAGCCCGAGCAGCACUGGUUCAUCAAGGACAACAGCACCAAGAUUCAGCUGGCCGACACGACGCUGUGCCUAGACGCGGGCGCCAAGAGCAACUGGAAAGACAUGGGCAACAUCUACCUGCAGACGUGCUCCGACACGGAGGCGGGCCAGAAGUGGACGGCCAUGAAGGACGGCCGGAUCGCCCUCGAUGCAUCGAGCCCCCAGGAGUGCAUCGACCUGCAGUACAUGCGGGCGACCGCCAACAACCCCGUCGGGCUGUACAGCUGCGCGGGCCUAGGCAACACGGGCGCCGGCGAUAAGGGCAUUAACUGGCCGCUCGCCAACGCCACGGCUUAG